CGGCAGUGCACGUGUACAUAUUGGGGCCUUGAGUAUAAAGGACGUGCAGACAGCGUUGAUGAACCUUAAGCCAAAGCGUUCAUCUGGCCCUGACGGAAUACCAGCAUUCCUUUUCAGAGAUUGUGCUAGAGUUUUAGUGAGCCCGCUGCAUCACGUCUUCAAUAUCUGCUUACAGCAGUCGACAUUUCCGGAUCGGUGGAAGAUCACACGAGUCGUUCCAGUGCCCAAGGAUGACCUCAAGUUGCUGCUCGAGGUUGGGGAUCAGUCUGACUGUGAGCGACUCCAGGGUGACAUAGAUAGGGUGGUGAAGUGGAGCCAGGACAAUGGGUUGUGCUUCAAUGUAUCAAAAUGCUCGAUAAUAUCCUUUACUCGUGCGCGGAAUCCUAUCUGCUAUGAGUACAUGGCGGAGGCGACAGCAUUACAGCGAGUUACACAAGUACGUGAUCUAGGAGUACAUCUUACUCCAGAUCUUACGUUUCGCGAACAUAUCGUAAAGAUAUGUAAAAAGGCUUACAGGAACCUCGGCUUUGUGCUUCGGCAGUCGCAAGGGUUCACAAACAUCACAGCGAUUAGGGUGUUAUACGAUGCACUAGUCAGAAGUCAUUUAGAAUAUGGUGGGGUUGUAUGGGCCCCACACGAAGCGAAGUACUCUGACAUGCUGGAGCGCGUACAGAAUAAGUUCGCGCGCCACUUGUACUGGAGACUGUAUGGGGUAUACCCGUUAUACCCGUUGAUGUACCCCACACUUUUUGUACUGGGUAUGGUGUCAUACAAUGAGUUGGGCGUGCGGCGACAGUUCACACUGGUCGUCUACCUAAUUAAGUUACUCCACGGCAAGCAACACAACCCCGGAGUGCUGCAGCUCUUGAGCUUUAGUGUUCCGGACCGCUAUGUGUGGAGGCGCCGGCGUCCACCGCUGCUGGCCGUCCCGGCUGCCAAGACCAACCUACUGGCCAAAACGCCUCUGACGCGAGCAAUUCGUACGAUUAACCAAAUCCAGACUGUAAUAGAUGUAUUUGCGUGUCAGUUCAAUGAACUCGCAAAGAUUAUUUUAUAUAUACUGUGUUAUAGGUUAGAGUAGUAGAUAUAGUUUUAGUGUUAAGUUGCUUUUAUUAGUCUAGGUAUUGUUA